AUGUCGAGCGGCUCGGGGGGCUCAGGAACUGGCGACGAGGGAGCCGGUCUUCCACCGGACAAGGAGUACUACGCAUCGAACCGGUCCUUCCUGUUCGUCUGCAUCUGCAUCGGCUGCAGCUACCAGUGCCUCACUGAAUUCCCUUACCUCAUAAUUAGCCAUGGCGGAGCCUGCUUCCUGCUGUCGUACGCGGUGGUGCUGAUACUGCUGGGGAUACCGAUGGCCGCCUUCGAGAUGUCCAUGGGCCAGUUUCGCGGAAGGGGCUGCCUCGAGAUGUGGACUUGCGUGCCCGUCGCGAAGGGUGUGGGUAUGGCGAUGCUGCUGAAGACGUUCGUGCUGACGGCGUACAAGGCCUUCCAAGAUGGCUGCCUCUUCUACUACUUCCUGCAGGCCCUGCAGGACGAGCUUCCCUGGACCAAGUGCUUCACCUGGUGGGGUGCCAGUCCGCUGAACUGCCGCCAGUGCCAUGCGGAGAAGAUGAAGCUGUACGAGACGAACGUGAAGCAGCCGUUUCCACCCGGCCCCAACGAUACCUCGUUCUCGGUGUGCGGACACCACGUGCGCGUGCCGAACAGCGUGUACUUGACCGAGGUCUCGGACCCGUGCCGCGAGACACGGCGCCAUUCCGAGUACUCGUUUCUGCUGUUUGGUGCGUUGAAGCUGACGAGUGGUAUUGAAGAUCUCGGUGGUAUACGUUGGGAGCUGCUGGUGUGUUACAUCUUCGCCUGGUUCGUGAUCUUCGUCUGCACCGCCAAUGGAGUGGCGACCGUCGGCAAGAUCUCACCUAUUCUGGCCGUGCUUCAGCUGGGGCUCUUCGGCGCAGUGACAGCCAACGCACUCUUCCUUCCCGAUGCGAAGGCGGCGAUCAUCGAGCUCAUUUACCCCCGCUGGAAGGCGCUGCUUGACCUCAAGACGUGGAGCGAUGCGACGUUUUCGGUGCUGACGGGGCUCGCCAUUGGUGUCGGGCAGCUCCAGACUCUCGCGUCCUACAACGUCUUCGACACGUACUCUCUGCAGUGGGCCUUCCUGAUACUGCCGCUGGUUAUGACCAUGUCGAACCUGAUGGGCUGUGCGCUGGUCUUCGGUGUUGGCGGAUCCUUGGCUCGACAUCUUGGAAGCUGCUUCCAGGACUUCGAGACGUACCAGCUCUACAAGACAUCCCCGGCAUCAAAUAUGCGAUCUAAGCAGAUUACAUUACCAUCUGGAUCAAUGGGGGCUCGCCUGGACACAUCCAAGAAACUGAUGGCGCCCGACAUUCCGCAACCAGCCCAGACGACAAGCAAGCCCGACGACCGAAUGCCGGAAGGUGAAAAGGUCAAUCAUGUGCUGAAGGGCAUUGCAGACGACACAAUUAACCCGCUCGUCUACAAGAACUUCACCUGCAUUGACGACAUCAUUGAAUUCGUGUUUCCGUUCAUCAUCUUCCCCGAAGUCGUGAAGUCAAUGUCCAUGCCCCGGCUCUGGUCGGGAAUAUUCUUCUCUGCACUCUUCCUGAUGUCAGUUGAUUCAAUGAUCUUCAAUCUGUGCACUGUGAUCGCGUGCGCCGAAGACCUUUUCCCGCGUGUCCGCGCCAACAACAACAUCAACAAGGUGGCCUUCUUCGCGUGCAUCGGCAUGUUCGUGUCCGGCUUCCCAACCGUCACCCAGGGCGGCACUUACAUUGUCAAGCUCCUCGAGGACCACACCAUCCACGGUGUCAUGAGCCAAUUCAUACUGUAG